UUUUUCUAGUCAACCCCCCCACCCCACUCUUCCUGUGUGUUUAUCUUCUUCUUCUCUACAUUUACGUCCCGUGAAGAUCGCCCGCAUUCUCGUAAUACCGACAAACAUCGAGGGCCUUUUAGUCAUUCCACUGACCGCCUUUUAUUGCUGCAGUUAAUACCUGAUCGUCCGGCAUAGUUUACCUUACAUGUCCACUCACAGAAGAGUCACAACCCAAACAAGAACAGAACAUAGUCAAGACAAAUGACACCGAAGCUUUGAUAGAGAAGAGAGAGAGAGAGAGAGAGAGUGUGUGUGUGUGUGUGAUCUGUUUGUGGUGUUUCUGUGGUGCUCAAAUUCCUCCAAAAUCUUCUCCGUUCCAGAAAUCGCUUUUGCAGAAUUCCAUGUCCCUUCUCGUCUUCGAUUCAUCAUUUGUUUUGUCUAUUCACAAACUCUAGACAUUGGAAGCUUUUGCGCAUCAAGAAGUUUUGAAGCUGAGAUUGAUCACGAGCGGUCGUUUAGAUUCCCGCGAAGAACAGUGAGGCCAGCGGUUUCUGCAAAUUUCAGUUGAAUUUGAAUUUCCAGAACGUUAUUCAAAGAGAUCUUUCAGCUUUCCCUCCGGUAGAAGUGUGCAAGUUGAGGACUUUACCUCGAUCUUCGAUUUUUAUUAUUUUGAUGUCGGAAAAAGUGCAAUUGGACGAGCAGUGGUGUUGGAACUGAAAAAAAAAUAAAAAAAAUCUGAUUUUCCUACAUUUUCUGAGAAAUUCGUGUACGAAGAGGGGAAAGAAUGAAAGAAAAAAAAAAAAACUGCAUUGGUUCUGUAAUUUGAGCAAUAUGAUCAGAAGAUGUCGAUUAGGUGGUCAUUGUGUUUGAUGUGAGUUAAAAUAGUCAGGAUUGGGGAUUAAUCUGAGGUGGUGAAGAUGGCAUCCUCUUGGGAUCAAAUAGGUGAGAUUGCAAAUGUAGCCCAACUCACCGGCCUUGAUGCGGUUAAGCUAAUUGGGAUGAUUGUACAAGCCGCAAACACGGCUCGAAUGCACAAAAAGAACUGCAGGCAAUUUGCGCUGCAUCUCAAAUUGAUUGGUAACCUGCUGGAGCAGCUCAGGAUCUCGGAGCUUAAGAGGUAUCCGGAGACCCGGGAACCAUUGGAGCAGCUUGAGGAUGCCCUGAGGAGGUCUUACAUUUUGGUCAACAGCUGCCAGGACAGGAGCUAUCUCUAUCUCCUUGCAAUGGGAUGGAACAUUGUGUACCAAUUUAGGAAGGCUCAAAAUGAGAUCGACCGAUACUUGAAGAUCGUCCCCCUCAUAACUCUUGUUGAUAAUGCUCGAGUCAGGGAAAGACUGGAGGAUAUUGAAAGGGACCAACGUGAAUAUACAUUGGACGAUGAGGACAGGAAGGUUCAAGAUGUAAUUCUUAAACCAGACCCCUCAAAAAAUGACACUAUGUGGUUGAAGAAAACCCUUUCUUGUUCCUACCCAAACUUGCCUUUUAAUGAGGCACUCCAAAAAGAAAAUGAAAAGCUUCAGUUAGAACUACAACGUUCGCAAGCCAAUUUGGAUGUGGGUGAGUGCGAAGUGAUUCAACAUCUGCUUGAUGUCACAGAGGCUGUUGCCGUAAAUUCUGUAUCUGAGAAGAGUUCAUCCAUGAGAAAUUCCAAAAAGGUGGAGCAGAAUUAUUCGGAUGUUAAUAGUGAAAAGGAGCAUUCAUACGAUGAAAGCUAUACUAAGCAAAGUGAGACUCACUCAACUCCAAGAAACACUUCUUCAGUAUCAUCCGGACGUGAUCUGCUGUCUACUAGAGGUUCAAAUUGGGAUGAUGAAUGGCAUUCAGAUUUGCUCGGCUGUUGUUCUGAACCUAUUUUGUGUAUAAAAACUUGUUUAUGCCCUUGUGGGACUUUUUCAAAGAUUGCUACUGUGGCAACUAACAGGCACAUCUCUUCAGCAGAAGCAUGCAAUGACUUAAUGGCUUAUUCUCUGAUAUUGUCAUGCUGUUGCUAUACUUGCUGCAUCAGACGGAAGCUUCGCAAGAUGCUGAACAUCACGGGAGGGUUUGUCGAUGAUUUUCUCUCGCAUUUGAUGUGUUGUUGCUGUGCCCUUGUCCAAGAAUGGCGAGAAGUGGAGAUUCGAGGGGCUUAUGGUCCUGAGAAGACGACGAUAAGCCCUCCACCCUCUCAAUACAUGGAAUCGUGAAACGGUAAAAAUUGAUUAGCUGUUUACAAUAUUCUUAUACUUAGCUUUAUACAGAGAUAAUGGCCUGUUGGCUAUUGCCAUUCUUAUAAUCUUUGCUGGGAUUCCUCUUGUGCCAUCGGCUUUUACAUUAUUACAUAUUAUGUAAAGCAGUCCCCCCCCACCUUCCAGAUUCAGCAUGUGUAUCAUAGAAAUUUGUUUUCAAUGUUAAUAGUGUUUCUCUGUACUUAUUGUUUGGUUAUUAUAUUGUGCUGCCAACUCUUUUAACUGUUA